AUGGUGCAAUCAACCGAUCAAAAAAUCCGUGUGUGUGUGCGGAAACGACCUCUGAACAAGAGUGAAAUGCUGGCCAAGGAAAAGGAUAUAGCACAAAUGUCUGGUAUGAGAACAAUUGACAUCUUGGAACCAAAAGUAAGGCUUGAUCUUACGCAGUAUAUUGAACAGCAUUCUUUCACAUUUGACAAUGUCUUUGAUAGCAACAUAUCUAAUCGCACAAUUUAUCAAAAGACAACAAGGCCGCUUGUAAAUUAUAUGUUUGAAGGAGGCAAAUCAACUUGUUUUGCAUUUGGUCAAACUGGGUCAGGAAAGACAUACACUAUGCUCGACCCCAAGCACGGCUUAUACACACUGGCAGUGAUGGAUAUAUUUAGAUUGCUGAAUAAAGGACGUUAUGCACACUUGGUUGUAUGGGUUGGAUAUUACGAAAUAUAUCAAGGUCAUUUAUAUGACUUGCUUAACAAACGAAAGAAACUGAUACCAAGAGAUGAUGGAAAAGGAAAUGUAGUAAUAGCUGGCCUAAAGGAAGUUCGUGUGCAUGAUGUAGAUACUUUGAUGGAAGUUUGCAGUUUUGGAAGCAGAGAGCGAACAACAAAUAAAACAAUGACAAAUCAAUCAUCUUCAAGAUCGCAUGCCAUUUUGCAGAUUUGCUUAAAGCAGAGCACUAAUAACAAACCCUAUGGCAAAUUAAACUUUAUUGAUCUUGCCGGUAGUGAACGAGGCACGGAUAGAGGCCAUAACACAGAUGCAAAAGUGAGAAUGGAAGGUGCUGAAAUCAAUAGAAGUUUACUUGCUUUAAAAGAAUGUAUUAGAGCGCUAGAUCAAGAUCAAAGGCGUGCUCCAUUUCGUGGAAGUAAACUGACCAUGGUUCUCCGUGACUCCUUUAUAGGAAAUUCCAAGACAUGUAUGAUUGCAACCAUUUCACCCAACUCGGCCAAUAGUGAUCAUACAUUAAAUACGCUGAGAUACGCUGAUAGGUAA